AUGUCUUGGGUCGACUCGCCCGGUCUCGUCCUCUGUGGCGUCGAGGGCGAGCUCGUCACGGCCGAGAACCCCGAGGGCUGCUACGCCAAGAUUCCGGCUGCCAUCUACGUUGACAUGGAGAUGUUCAAGAUUGACAACCCCGAGGACUGUGCGUGUGGUGUGGCCCUGGACGUCAAGGACGACGCGCCCAGGCUCGUCGCUGCCACCAGCGAUGUUUUCAACCUCCACUCGUCCGACGUCCAGCAGGUCUCGUUCAUUGUGUGGGAUAUUGAGAACGGUGUCAAGCUCCGUGACAUCAACAAGUUCUCGCUCGACAAGUCGCUCAACACUGCUGACUACCUUGCCACCCUCCUCACCAACUCGGCGCAGGCUGUCCGCCAUCUGACCGGCUUCUACGGCCAUGUCAACGACUUCAACCCGGCCGACUGGAUCGUCAACAUCACCCGUGAGGUGACGAUGAUCUGCUUCUCGACGGUCAUCACGUACAAGGAGGAGAGCGGCAACAAGCACGCGUGUAACGAGGGUGGCGUCGAGGGCGACAUCCUUGCUGUCCCGCCGUGCAAUGCCAACUUCCUUCUUGAUGUCGACUACGAGUGGACGACGUACCCCGAGCGCAAGUUCCAGCCGCUCGACACGCCACGGUUCAACUACGAGGUUGCGGCCGGCUCGUCGAACACCAACGGGAACGGCCCUGGCGGCUCGCACCCGGUUGAUUGGUACAACUUUGAUUUCUCGGGCGCUACCGUGUGCUCGGUCUCGACCGACUGCUCGCCGAACUUUUUCUGCGACCUGUCGACGAACCGGUGCCAGCAGUGCAUCCGCGACUCGCAUUGCGAUCGGUUCUCCGAGGAGGGCGAUCCGACGCCUCCCAAGUGCGUGACCAACAACGGGCACCGGAUGUGUGAGUUUGACCGCGACAACGACCUCGCCGAUCCGACGCCUGGCGUCAUCCUCCCCGAGGGACUGGUCAACUGCAACCCGCGCUGCCAUGGCCAGUACUGCAAGUCUGGCGAGUGUGUCGACUGUCGUGACUUUAACGAUUGCGGUCUGCUCUUCUCGCCGGCGUCGACGUACUCAAAGGUGUGCAACCAGACGGCGCAGUGCAACUACGUGUACCUCCCGCCGCAGGCUGCCAAGAACGAGAACGCGACCACGGUCAUUGCCAUCGCAUCGGCUGUCGGCUUCCUCGCCCUUGUCGCCAUCAUCGUGGGUGUCGUCUUCUUUGUCAAGCGCUACCGGGCCUCCAACGCCGCAUACCAGAACAAGCUCGACGAGACCGCCAACGCUGACUCGAUGCUCGGCUCGUCGCCGCUCUACGAGGGCCAGACCAAGAUGGUCUCGAACCCGCUCGCCGGCAACGUUGAGCUCGAGUAA